CCGCUUUGCUCAGUGGUUGAGGGGUUACUAGUUAUUACUGGUCACUGAUCAGUGAUCGACAGUUGUCGUCGUCUCUUCUCUUUCCUUAUCCUUUAUGCCUCGCUGUUGGGAUGCAACUGUAACUCCGAAUCCACGAUUGCCAUGGCUGACUUUUGCUGAUCGUCUCUUCUCGCACCAUGCACUGACCACUCAACCCACGCGCAGCUUCAGCGGGAGUGCUGAUGUGAUCACGGUGCCAUGAUCGAUUCCGCAGCGUGAAGGAGUUUCGUCAUGUGGGUCUCCAUGGAAGCUCGUUCUUUGAGCUUCUCUUGCUCCAGUUCUCUGUUUUCUCCAUGCAGUAGCCAUCGCUUUCGAAUCUCGCGAAAGUGCCCUCUGCGAGUGUGUGUUCGCGAGAGGAGGUCAAUCCCUUGCGUUUUCUCCAAGCCCGCGUCGCCUGGGAAUUCCUCUUCUUCGCCUGAGUUUCGCCUCGUCUCCACCACAGAGUGUUCUGAUGGCAGCGUCGUUUUUCACUUCGGUGACGUGAGGGAAGCGGAGGGUGUGGACGUUGAAAUGGAGGAAUUGGAAGGUACUGGUGGCGAUGUUGAUCAAGUUGCUUCCACAAGUUUCUCCAGUGAAGAUCGUAAAACGGUCUACUUGCGAGAGGUUCUUCAUGUAGACCACAAGAAAGAAGUUGCAGGCGGUAACUUCAACCAUACUACGAAAGAGAAAGCUGAAUCCCAUUCAGUAGCUGAAUAUUUGGGGGACUCGCUUGAACUGAUUGAUGAUGAGACAGUUUUAACUAGAGGAGAUUAUCCUGGUAUGGCAGAAGUAGUGUCUUUGGAAAGUCCUCAGUCAAUUGCAACAACGUUGGAAGAUGCUGGGUCUAAUGUGGCUACAAGUGAUUCCUGGGGUCCCACUCCUGAUUGUCUAGUUAGUAUAAAUAGCGAGGGAGGAUUGAUGGAGACAAUCGAGCAAGAACCUCCCGCUUCAAUUGGCCUUUCCGAGCUUAAUGAUGCCGUAAGUAUGGAAACCAUUAGUAUCAGCAAGAAUGGUCUUGAUGCUUCGCUUACUACUGAUUUGAAGUCACAUCCCACGAAGGACUUGGAAAACGUGAGUGAUGUAGACGAAGUUUUGGAACUGAAGACUGUGGAUGAAGAUAUAGCCCCAGCCCCAUCUAAAGCUGACUCAAUAGUUGAAGUGUCUAGUGAUAGUCCCUCUGAGGAAAGUAUUCAGGAAAAUGUUCAAACGGAUGGAACAAGUGUUCCCGAUGCUGCUACUGCAAUAGAAAAAGUGGAUAUGUCAAUCAAAAGUUCGAGUGGUGAAGAUAGUGCACAGAUUGAGACAAUGCUGGCUUAUGCUUCAUCAGAGGUUGAAUCUUUAAAGAAUGAGAAAGUUGGCAAUGUUACCAAGAGUAUAGCUCCAGAUGUGCAUAAGAGUGAAAGCUUGGAAGGGCUUAAUGAUAGUAUGCUCUUGAAUCAAGAUGAAUCACUUGAGCUUAACUGGCAUAAUAUUGAACUUGGAGAAAUGCCAGGAAUCAGUGGGGAAGAACAGGAUUCUGCCAAAAGUAGUGAUGAGAGGGAAGAAAUCUCGAGGACAGAAUUUUGUCUUAAUUCGGGUGCUGCUUCACUGCCACAUCCCUCUAAGGUGUUGACAGGUGGAGAGGAUUCUCAUUUCAUCACCAACAGAAGCUGGCUAGGUGUUGCUGAUGGAAUUGGCAAGUGGACUAUGGAAGGAACUAAUACUGGAUUAUUUGCCCAAGGAUUGAUGGACAAAUGCAGAGAGAUGGUAUCAACCAGCGAGAGCAAUGCCCUAACUGGUCCUAUUGAUGUGAUAUUUAGAGGUGCUGCAGCAACACGAUCUAUAGGAUUGUCUACAGUUUUAAUUGCUUGCUUUGAUGGUCAGGUCUUGCAUGUGGCCAAUAUAGGAAACUCAGGGUAUAUCAUAAUUAGAGAUGGCAUGAUCUAUAAGAGAUCUUCUCCGAUGGUUCAUGAGUUCAAUUUUCCCGUGCUGAUGGAAGGAGGAGAUACUCCCUCAGAGCUUAUGGAGUGUUACAGCAUUGAGUUGGAUGAGGGCGACGUGAUUGUGUCUGCAACUGAUGGUCUCUUCAACAAUCUCUACGAGCAAGAGAUAGCUUCAAUCGUGCGCAAGUCCUUGCAAUCCGGUUUAAGUCCUCAGGACAUAGCAGAACUAUUGGCUACUAGAGCACAAGAGGUGGGGCAAUCAAAAUCUGCAAGGACUCCAUUUGCAGAUGCGGCCCAUGCAGCUGGUUAUGUUGGUUAUACUGGUGGCAAGCUCGAUGAUGUUACUGUGGUCGUGUCAAUGGUCGAGAAGAGAUCUAGCUCUCGGUUGUAGGACGAUUCUUCUCUUUGAAUUAAGAUGAUGACAGUUCAAAGUCCUCUUUGUACUCCCGCAAGAUUCUUUUUCCCGGGCUCUAUUUAUCUUGAUCUGAGGAAAGAGUUUGCGCAAUAUCAAUUGGAAAAUGUCCAAUAUCAUCCUUUCUUGAUUCA